AAAGUUUCGCUACAUAAAGUACUCGACAUAGAUUGUUACUAAUUGCUUAAAUGAAAAAAACUUGUUUUGUUAUAGUAUUUAACUGUUCUAAUCGGAUACAUACAUAUACAUGUAGGAAGCUAUGUUCGGAAAUGAAGAUAUGUUUGAUGACGGGGAGUUAUCCGUUGAAUAUUCCUCAGAUGACAACUCCGAACCCAAUGUUGAUUUAGAAAAUCAGUACUACAUGGCAAAGUCGCGAAAAGAUGACAAUCCAGAUAUGGCACUUUUAGAAUUCCAGAAAGUUUUAGAUAUUGAAGGUACUGGGAAUAAAGGUGAUUGGGGAUUCAGAGCAUUAAAGCAAAUGAUUAAAAUAAAUUUCAGGCUUGGAAGGUUCGAUAAUAUGAUGGAAAAUUAUAAAGUCCUCCUUACCUACAUAAAGUCAGCUGUAACUCGAAAUUAUUCUGAGAAGUCCAUUAAUUCGAUUUUGGAUUACGUGUCAACCUCCAAACAAAUGGAUUUGUUGCAGCAGUUUUAUAUCACUACUCUAGAUGCCCUUCGUGAGUCGAAAAACGAAAGAUUGUGGUUUAAAACUAACACAAAACUGGGUAAACUUUACUUAGAACGUGGUGACUAUAUGCAUUUACAAAAGAUUGUUAAGGAGUUACGUGAAUCUUGUCAGACAAAUGAUGGAGAAGACGAUCUUAAGAAAGGAACUCAGCUACUAGAAAUUUACGCACUGGAAAUUCAAAUGUAUACAGCCCAAAAAAACAACAAAAAGCUUAAAGCAUUAUAUGAACAGUCUUUGCAUAUUAAAUCAGCCAUUCCACAUCCUCUCAUAAUGGGAAUAAUACGAGAAUGUGGUGGGAAAAUGCAUCUUCGCGAAGGAGAAUAUGCGAAAUCCCAUACUGACUUCUUCGAGGCCUUCAAGAACUAUGAUGAAUCUGGAUGUCAACGUAGGACACACUGUCUAAAGUAUCUUGUCUUGGCCAGCAUGUUGAUGAAAUCGGGUAUUAAUCCAUUCGAUUCACAGGAAACAAAACCGUACAAAAAUGAUCCUCAAAUUGUGGCUAUGACAAGUCUUGUAACAGCUUAUCAGAACAAUAAUAUCGUAGAAUUCGAGUCCAUUUUACGACAUCAACGUGAUUCAAUAAUGGAAGACUCUUUUAUUCGCGAACACAUUGAAGACUUACUUCGUAAUAUUAGAACUGAAGUUCUCAUCAAAUUAAUUCGCCCGUACACCAGAAUACGCAUACCUUUCAUUUCACAACGGUUAAAUCUAAGCGACCCAGAAGUAGAAAGUCUUCUAGUGGCUUGCAUUUUAGAUAAUACAAUACAAGCGCGAAUUGACCAAGAGCAUCAAAUUUUGGUGCUUAGUACAGAGGCUACUUCAGAAGCGCGUUACCAGGCCCUUGACAAGUUAGCCCUACGGUUACGGCAUUUACAAACGGCGAUGUCCAACAGAGUUCCUAUAACUAAUUAAAGAGCUUUUGAAUUUAAGCAAUGACAAAAAACCAAUACGACAUGCAACACAAUAUACCGACUUUUCCUCAAUACACGAAAAUUACAAAAAGCGUACGAUUUGCAAACAGAAACGUUGUUAACAAUCUUAUGUAAAAUUUACUAUGGCAAAAAUACAACUGAUAACGCAUGU